UCUUUUUCCCCUAACUCAAUUGAAGUUUAUAUUUGGUGUUUUCCACUUAGCAAGGAAUACCGAUUCGGGGGAUAAUGGUCUCCAAAGGCAUUCCUGGUUCCUCCCUGCCGUUCAAGCAGUGCAUGGAGAUGAUGAGAAUCUCAAAUCUUACGGGUGGAUUACAACUUCUUCUUGUUCAAGAAAAUGAUUUUACCGAAGACUGUGGGGAGCUAUCGAGAGACAUCCUGUGGCUUCGAUGGUUUCACUGUAAGCACAGAUAUAUUCCAUCGUGGCUCUCACCGGAGAACAUAAGAGUUCUAGAGCUUCAAGAAGCUCGGAGCUUGGAAACAUUGUGGGACGACGCACAUCCUCCUUUGCAAUUGAGAGAGCUGCAAAUUAUGGUUGCCGACAUGCUUCGAAGUCUUCCCAGAUCAAUAGGCCAUCUCAAACAUUUGAAAAGACUAUCAUUAGGUUGUUCCUAUGAAGGUUCUAAAUUAUCGAGGCUGCCAGAAGAGUUCUGCCGACUUCGCUCGCUGGAACAUCUGGCCUUAGAAUAUUGCAGCAAGUUAUCAACUCUACCUAGCCGUUGUGGAGAUUUGGUAAACCUGCGGCAUAUAAAUCUGAGAGGAUCUCAGAGUCUAGAGAGGUUGCCUGAGUCUUUUAAGGAGCUGAUACACCUCGAAUAUCUCAAUUUAUCUGAUUGUGUCGAACUCACCUUAGAAUCAAAUAUUCUGGAAAACAUUUCAAACAUCAGGGUUUUUGAUGUGUCAGGAUGCUGUAAAUUACAAGUAUUGCCUGACAAUAUCACAAAUCAGGUUUCUCUCAGAAAGCUUGUUUUGAGAUACACCAACAGCUUGAGGGAAUUACCAUCUACCAUUGGUCAACUACGCAAAUUGGAAAACCUUGAAAUUGUUGGCAGUCCAUUGUUGACAAGUCUGCCAACAGAUUUUAGACAGCUGUCUAAUCUUCGAAAUUUGAGGAUUCAAAAUUGCUCUCUAAGAGAAUUGGAAUUUGAGCCGGGGUUGGGAUUGUUGUCUUCAUUGCGGGAGCUAUAUCUAUGGAAAACGUCAGUAUCCAGGAUAUCGCUUCCCCAAGACUGUUGUCCCAGCCUUGAAACUCUCUGCGUUGAAAUCUGUCCAUCUCUGCUGGAGAUCGAAACCCUGCCGACAGCUCUCAAGUUCAUUAAAUUGAGAGAGUGCCCAAUGCUGGCCAGGUUGGGUUUGCCAGGAGCAAUUGAAAAGCUAACUAAUCUGAAGACUUUAGAGAUUGGAAAGUGCUCAAUCAGAGAAUUGCAUUUUCGAAGGGGAUCAUCUGCUUCAUUGUGCGGGCUCAGGGAAAUAUAUUUAUGGGACACAUCAGUGUCCAGGAUAUCACUUCAUCAAGACUGUUGUCCAAGCCUUGAAAAUCUCCGCCUUGAAAUUUGUCCGUCUCUGACAGAAAUCGAAACCCUGCCAACAGCGCUCAAGUUCAUUCAAUUUAGGGAAUGUACAAUGCUGGGGAGGUUGGGUUUGCCAGGAUUAAUUGAACAGUUAACUAAUCUUGAGACUUUAGAGAUUGGGAGGUCUUCAAUCAGUGAAUUGCCCUUUGGAAGGGGAUCAUCUACUGCAUUGCGCCAGCUCAGGAAAAUACUUGUCCAAGACACAUCAGUGUCCAGGAUAUCCCUUCCCCAAGACUGUUGUCCAAGUCUUGAAACUCUCCGCCUUGAAUUUUGUCCAUCUCUGAUAGAAAUCGAAACUCUGCCAACAUCACUAAAGCUUAUUGAAUUGAUUGGGUGUACAAUGCUGGUGAGCUUGGGUUUGCCAGGAGAAUUUGAGGUGCUAACUAACCUUCAGACUUUAAAGAUUCGACAGUGCUCAAUCAGGGAAUUGCCCUUUGGAAGGGGAUCUUCUUCUUCAUCAUUGUGCAAUCUCAGGAGCAUACAACUUGAAGCCAAUCAUUUGUCCACGCUUUCGAUUUCCCCGGAAUCUUGUAAAAGCCUCCACGAGCUGACAAUAGAAAAUGAAGAAUAUUUAGUGGCAAUCGAAACCUUGCCAGCGGCACUCAAAAAAAUUUCUUUGGUGAACUGUAAGAUGCUGAAAACAAUAAGGGGAAUUCACGCUGUUGUGAAUGUCCAGAAGCUAAACAUUUUGAUUUGUCCAGAGAUAUCUGAGAUGCCGACUUUGGCAAGACUAGUUUCUUUAAAUAUUCUUGAUGUCGAAGAUUGCCAUAAAAUAAAGAAAAUAGAAGGUUUAGAACAUUUGAAGUCACUGGAGAAGUUGGUUGUAUGGACAUGCUGGAUGGAACCUGGUAUACACAGUUUGGGAGGCAUGGAAAGACUGCGGGCGCUGAAUCUGAGAGCAGCCAACAUAUCAGCUUUUGAAACUUGCAUUCACAGCAUACAAAUCGAGAACUGGCCAUGGGAAAUGACGAUAUCUGCAAAGAUCUUUCCUCGUGUUCAGUCAAUUUUGGAUUCGUUCACUUUUCCUGGUCUCGCUGUCGUUAAGAACUCAACAGUGACUGAUGACCAUAACCGUGAAUAUACGGAGUGGAGUAUUACAAGCUGGGAGACAAAUUUGUCCAAUGCGGCUCUAGUAUAUUUUGUUGUCAAUUCCUAUGAAGAAGGCUCCUGUCUAGGUGUAAACGAAGGGCAGAGUACCCGCGUAGAGUUGAGCAAGGGAGAAUGGUUAGUGAUAAGUGUGUUCAGAGAAGUUUCCCAGCUUAUUAAGGACGGAGGGCGCUCUGUUCAAGCAUCAAUAGAUCAAUGGGUUGGCCUUCCUUUCCAAGUAUUGGGUGGAAGGUUAAUUGUUGGAGAGAAAGGCGUCGUUAUUGAAGGUUUUAAGCAACUCUUGCAAACUCUCUCUAAGAGAGAUUGA